AUGGAGUUUAUCGAUUCGGCGAUAGACAAAAUCGCUUCAUUGAACGUCCUGAAACGUAACCUUCAGUGUCCCGUGCAGAAGUUGGCUCUCCCUCGUGAUUACUUCUUUCAACAGAAUGAUGACCCGAAGCAAACUGACCUCAUAAUGCGCUCAAAAAAAGGGGUGAGGUUGCUUGUGGUUCAAACUGUGUUCUCGAAAUGGUAUGCUGAUUGUCCUGUUGUGAACGUUCUGGAUUCGGAUCAAGAGAGCUUGUUGCUGGUUCUUUACGCGGUUUUAUGUUUACCAGGUCUCUUCGGUAGAAGGAACCGUUCGCGCCCACCACAUAAGAGCGAUCGUUCAGCUUCUCAUGUACAACGGCUAGAGUCCAUAAUUUAUUGCUUUCGGGAUGAGCUUGGAUGUAAACUGGUGAACCCGUUUGCAAUACAGGAUCGAUUUGGAACAUUCGGUACGACACGAGGAGAGUAUUUUUCGAACGAAGCGGGCACUCCGCACCUAGUGCUGCGUGAGAACAAUCUACUUACUGGGCUGCUUCCAAUCUUGUUUGGAAUAUUCCGCCAAUGGAGCACUUGGAUUAGAAGAUUUCGGGCGCAGAUGAGAUACCGAAAGGAAGUCUUAGCCAGCGGUAGCGUCCGAAAGGGGUCCAAAACGACGUUAGUUUGCUGCUCGCCUCUUCCAACACUACGUGCCAGAAACCCUUACGUGCGUCAACUGUUGAGAAUACCUUAG